CCAGUGCGCGCGCGCGGCCCCGCCCCAUUCCCCGCCGGCGCUGGGAGCCCGAGUCCGCGGGAAGAUGGCGGCCCCGCUCAUCCCCCUUUCCCAGCAGAUUCCCACCGGAAAUCCAUUAUAUGAGUCUUACUACAAGCAGGUAGACCCAGCAUACACAGGGCGAGUUGGGGCGAGUGAAGCUGCACUUUUUCUAAAGAAGUCUGGGCUCUCAGACAUUAUCCUUGGGAAGAUAUGGGACUUGGCCGACCCAGAAGGUAAAGGGUACUUGGACAAACAGGGUUUCUAUGUCGCGCUGAGGCUGGUGGCCUGUGCGCAGAGCGGCCACGAAGUCGCCUUGAGCAAUCUGAGCUUGAACAUGCCGCCGCCUAAAUUCCACGACAGCAGCAGCCCUCUGAUGGUCACGCCGCCUUCUGCAGAGGCCCACUGGGCUGUGAGGGUAGAAGAAAAGGCAAAGUUUGAUGGAAUUUUUGAAAGCCUCUUACCUGUCAGUGGUUUGCUGUCUGGAGACAAAGUCAAGCCAGUCCUCAUGAACUCAAAGCUGCCUCUUGAUGUCCUGGGCAGGGUCUGGGACCUCAGCGACAUCGACAAGGACGGGCACCUGGACAGAGAUGAGUUUGCAGUGGCCAUGCACUUGGUGUACCGAGCCCUUGAGAAGGAGCCUGUGCCCUCCGUCCUGCCCCCAUCCCUCAUCCCGCCCUCCAAGAGGAAGAAGACAAUGUUCGCGGGUGCCGUGCCUGUCCUGCCCGCCAGCCCCCCACCAAAAGACAGCCUCCGCUCCACGCCUUCCCACGGCAGCGUCAGCAGCCUCAACAGCACUGGAAGCUUGUCUCCCAAGCACAGCAUCAAGCAAGCACAGCCAACAGUAAACUGGGUGGUGCCAGUGGCGGACAAGAUGCGAUUUGACGAGAUUUUCCUGAAGACCGACCUGGACUUGGACGGCUAUGUGAGCGGCCAGGAGGUGAAGGAGAUCUUCAUGCACUCGGGCCUCACCCAGAACCUUCUAGCACACAUAUGGGCCCUGGCCGAUACGAGGCAAACGGGGAAGUUAAGCAAAGACCAGUUCGCGUUAGCUAUGUAUUUCAUUCAGCAGAAGGUCAGUAAAGGCAUCGACCCCCCUCAAGUCCUCUCGCCGGACAUGGUGCCGCCCUCGGAGAGAGGCACUCCCAUCCCGGAUAGUUCAAGCACUCUUGGAUCGGGGGAGUUUACCGGUGUAAAGGAACUUGAUGACAUCAGUCAGGAGAUCACCCAGUUACAGAGAGAGAAAUACUCACUGGAACAAGACAUUCGAGAAAAGGAAGAGGCCAUCAGACAGAAAACCAAUGAAGUACAGGAAUUACAAAAUGAUUUAGACCGGGAAACAAGCAGUCUGCAAGAGCUAGAAGCUCAAAAACAGGAUGCCCAAGACCGCCUGGAUGAAAUGGACCAGCAGAAGGCCAAGCUUCGGGACAUGCUGAGUGACGUCAGGCAGAAGUGCCAGGACGAGACCCAGAUGAUUUCCUCGUUGAAGACACAGAUCCAGUCUCAGGAGUCUGACCUCAAGUCCCAGGAAGACGACCUGAACCGGGCCAAAUCUGAGCUGAACCGACUGCAGCAGGAGGAGACGCAGCUGGAGCAGAGCAUCCAGGCUGGGAAAGUCCAACUGGAGACCAUCAUCAAGUCCCUGAAGUCCACUCAAGAGGAAAUCAGCCAGGCCAGAAGCAAGCUCUCCCAGCUGCACGAGAGCCGCCAGGAAGCCCAGCGCAGCCUGGAGCAGUACGACGAGACGCUCGACGGGGCCCCCGGCGUCGGCCUGACCACCCUGGCAGAGCUGAGCGCGGGCGUCUCCCUGACAGAGAGGGGCGGUUUUGGAGCCAUGGAUGAUCCUUUCAAAAAUAAAGCCUUGUUAUUUAGCAACAACGCCCAAGAAUUGCAUCCGGAUCCCUUUCAGGCAGAAGACCCCUUCAAAUCCGACCCAUUUAAAGGAGCUGAUCCCUUCAAAGGUGACCCAUUCCAGAGUGACCCCUUUGCCGAGCAACAGACAGCUUCAACAGAUCCAUUCGGCGGGGAUCCUUUCAAAGAAAGUGACCCAUUCCGUGGCUCCACCCCUGAUGACUUCUUUAAGAAGCAGACAAAGAGCGACCCGUUUACCUCAGACCCGUUCACGAAAAACCCUUCCUUACCAUCAAAGCUCGACCCCUUUGAAUCCAGCGAUCCUUUUUCAUCCUCCAGUGUCUCCUCAAAAGGAUCAGGUCCCUUCGGAGCCUUAGACCCCUUCGGAAGUGGGUCCUUCAAUAGUGCCGAGGGCUUUGCCGACUUCAGCCAGAUGUCCAAGCCCCCAACUUCUGGGCCUUUCACCUCCUCCUUUGGAGGGACAGGAUUCUCAGAUGACCCCUUUAAAAGUAAGCAGGACACUCCCGCUGUGCCUCCGAAGAAACCUGCUCCUCCGCGGCCUAAACCGCCGAGCGAAGCAGUGGCUGAACAGGAAACCCCUGCGUUGUACACGUUGCUGGGUGGUAAAAGUACACCCGUAAGCCAGCUUGGUUCUGCAGACUUUACCGAACCCCCUGAUCCAUUCCAGCCACUUGGGGCCGACAGCAGUGACCCGUUCCAAAAUAAAAAGGGGUUUGGGGACCCGUUUAGUGGAAAAGAUCCAUUUGCUCCCUCCUCUUCAGCUAAACCUUCUAAAGCCUCCUCUUUGGGCUUUGCAGACUUCACCUCUUUUGGCAAUGAGGAGCAGCAGCUGGCAUGGGCCAAGCGGGAGAGCGAGAAGGCGGAGCAGGAGAGGCUGGCGCGGCUGCGGCGGCAGGAGCAGGAAGACCUGGAGCUGGCCAUUGCACUCAGCAAGGCCGACAUGCCCGCUGCCUAGGUGCGGCCCCGCUCUCAAGUGCCCGGAGGCAGGAUGGAGAGGACAUGGAAAUCCCUACAUAUACACACACACUCGCUCUUGGUGGUCCCCGAGUCACAGCCACUGUUACGUCAAGGACUUGCUGGUCAGAGAGCCCUGGGCACUGGAUGCCUCACCCAGGAAGAGGAGACACGGUUCACCCCAGCAGAGGGAGGCCCGAGGAGAGGCCAAGGACCCACCUGUUCGCUGUGACACCCCCGCCUCCCUCCUGGAACUGGCAGGCAGAGCACGGGGCGAGCAGAGGAAGCGCCUGUCUCCUUACCCUCACCCGCUGCUCACACCCGGGCACACCCAGCCGAUGCCUCCCUGACUCCCCUACCAGACAGACACCCCGGUGAUGUAUGCAUUCAUUGUAUAAAAAUUAAGUUUGAAUGAUUAAUAUAA